AUGUUUUAUCUUUCUCGUGUUCUUCAAGCUAUGUUAGUUCUAUCUUGCGUUCUUCAAGCUAUGUUAGUUCUAUCUUGUGUUCUUCAAGCUAUGUUAGUUCUAUCUUGUGUUCUUCAAGCUAUGUUAGUUCUAUCUUUUCUAUCUUGCGUUCUUCAAGCUAUGUUAGUUCUAUCUUGUGUUCUUCAAGCUAUGUUAGUUCUAUCUUGUGUUCUUCAAGCUAUGUUAGUUCUAUCUUGUGUUCUUCAAGCUAUGUUAGUUCUAUCAUGCGUUCUUCAAGCUAUGUUAGUUCUAUCUUGUGUUCUUCAAGCUAUGUUAGUUCUAUCUUGCUUUCUUCAAGCUAUGUUAGUUCUAUAUUGUGUUCUUCAAGCUAUGUUAGUUCUAUCUUGUGUUCUUCAAGCUAUGUUAGUUCUAUCUUGUGUUCUUCAAGCUAUGUUAGUUCUAUCUUGUGUUCUUCAAGCUAUGUUAGUUCUAUCUUGUGUUCUUCAAGCUGUGUUAGUUUUAUCUUGUGUUCUUCAAGCUAUGUUAGUUCUAUCUUGUGUUCUUCAAGCUAUGUUAGUUUUAUCUUGCGUUCUUCAAGCUAUGUUAGUUCUAUCUUGUGUUCUUCAAGCUAGACAAGUUUCAUCUUCAAGUUUUGUAAGGUUUAUAUUGUGUUCUUAA